GUGGAAUGUGCAGUUUGUUUGGAAAAGUUACCAGUUGAAGGAUGGAAGAACCACGCUAUGAAGAAACAUUAUAACAUUGCUUGGACUGUUGGAUCAGACCCGAUCGAUUUAAAAAACCCUUAUGCCGUGGAAAAAUACCUAAAAGAGUAUAAGAAAAUUCAAAAGAAUUUAAUUUGCAAUAUUUGUAAAUUAACACGCGUGUCGUGUGCAGGAUUUUAUGCUCACAUACUUACAUGCGGCAAAACAGACGAGGAAAUAGAAGACUUUAAAUCAGUUUGUGACAUUUGCAACAGUAAAUAUUUGUGUAUAUAUAAGAAUCAGCAUUUAGCAUUUCAUAGAGAGCAGGAAUAUGUGAAGGAGAAGAAAUCCCGAGCUUUGGAAGUGGCGCGGUCCAAGGCAGAUGAAGGAGGUACGUCAGGUCGGCGGAGGGCUGCAGAAAAAGCGAAAACAGUAAUUGAAGAUUAUAAAAGCAGUUUGAACAAAUUGAAGCACAAAUGUCCAUCGUGCAGCUUCGGUACAGACGUGGAGGAGGAGCUGGAGGGUCACACGUGUGAGGUGGACAGCGACAGACUGAGUGACUCUGACGUCUCCGCCUCCGUGCACUCGGAGGACACCGACAGUGACGUAGACUCUGACGUGUCUAUGGAAGAGGAACAACAACCCAUAGACAAGAAGAAACGUGUUGACACACCUGCAAAAGUUUCACAUCAUAUACCAUUUAAAAUAAACAGUGCAAGUAAUUACGUAUCUCAAGCGGCCUUAGAUUUUUACAAUAUGCACUAUACAUUAGAUGAAUUGUUUCCUGAUUGGAAACCAAGAGAAUACCAAGAAGUGGAUGCCGAAGAUUUGCCGAAAUAUUUGCCAACUGUAGAAGAAUCGUGUAAAGUAAAAAUUGGCAAUGGUGAAUGGACUACAUACAAACGUUUCGAAGCCAAGAAUGAUAUAGUUUUGGGUAUAUUCGUGGGCGGGAGCAUACGGUGCGUGUCGUGGGCGGAGGCGCGGCGCGACGGGGAGGCGGCACGCAACUACCUCGCGGUGUCGGGGCACGGCGCGCCCGACGCCCCGCGUCUGCCCGCCUCGCAUCUGCACCAACAUCCCGCGCUCCUCCAGAUCUGGGACUUUGCGGACUUCGAGAGUGUGCCCAAGUUUGUGCUUGGACUCGCACUUGAUUACGGCACGGUGUGGGCGAUGGACUGGUGCCCUUCAGGAACACGUGAUUGUCAGCCGUGCAGCACGGAGCACGUGGCCGGGGCGAGGUUGGGCUUACUGGCCCUGGCUUGUUCCAAUGGUUCCGCCUACGUACUGUCAGUACCAUAUCCCGAUCAUGAUGCAAAGAAACCACAAAUUAUUAAAAUAAAACCAUCAGUUGAACUUAGGUUAUGCAGCAGCGAAGACAGGAGAAAAUACCAAGCGACUGCUAUUAGUUGGUCUAAGCAAAAAGGUCAUACAAUUAUUUUGGUCGGUUAUGCGGAUGGCUCAACGGCAUUUUACGACUUAAAUUGUGAUUCUCCACUUUUGAAAUCGGUAGAGAACAACAUCGCGAUAUUAUACCCAUUUCAGGACGACCGACCGCAUAACACUUGUAUUUCGGAUGUGGCUCUGUUCGCGAGCGGGGACACAGAGGGUGGUGGUGGUGCGUGGGGUGCGUGGGGCGGGGCGUCGUGCACGGGCGUGCACGCGGCGCUGCGAGCGAGCGCGCCACGACUGCACGCGCCGCUCGCCACCGCCACCUCGCUCUUCACGCCGCACUGGCCCUCGCUCCUCGUCACCGCCGACGAAGCUAUCGCAAAUUACAUGACGAACGAGCUGGAGUGGCACGGCAGCGGGCGGCGGCUGGGCGGGCAGCGUGCGCUGGCGACGUGCGAGCGGUGCGGCGCCGCGGCCGCGCUCACUCCGCCCGCGCUGCGCCUCAUGCGCACUCAUCCCGCCUACAAGGACCCGCGCAGAGACAUAGUGGGCUUAUUACGCAUGGCGCCGUUGGGCAAGAAGAGAAGUAAACAUACAAACGACGAGUUGUCAAUGAAGGUGGAACCGCUCACCUACGAGGACGCCGUCAAAGAGUAUGGGAUAGAGCUUAAACUCAAAAGUCAUAUGAACAAGGCGGACCAGCAGGUGGUGGUGAGUGAGGCGAAGGCGCAGUUUCCAGAGCGCUUCCCACUAGCCGAGGUACCCACCCUCGCCUUCUGCCCCGCGCCCUCCGCCCACAGGCAGCUCGCCCUGCCCACGCACUCCGGAUUACUCUUCAUCGUUACUAUGUGAUACUACAAUAUUCAAUUAUAAAUAUCUAGAAAAUAUAAGAAAGUGACGUAAAAUGUGUAUAAUAUAAAAAAAUGUCGUUUAAAUCGUAUCGCAAAGAAUUACUACAAGUUAUCAAAAUCAGUUCCGUUUACUUCACAUGAAUAGAGAUCACAUACACAUCAAUUACUCAACAUUAGAUUGACUCUUAAGAAGACUGACUUAAAAAUGACCUUUCUUUAAUGUGACAGAUGUUGAUUCUCCUUUUAAAUUCCUAAGAAUCAAAUAUAUAUAUGACGUGUACUAUAAAAAAACCGAUGUUAAAGGCUUCCGUUACGCUACUUAUAAAGAAUGUAUUAUAAAGUAGUCUAAACAAUUGGUAAUUAAUAAACAAAAUUAACAAGAGAAAAUUGUUAUACAAUAAAAUAUAUACGAUAAGUUUGUACACGAGAAACAUUGCACUGGAGCGGUUUCUUUUACGAGUUUGAACUUUAGCUAAUCGCAACAAGUAUCCGCCAUUGCUCCGGCUUCAUUUAUACAUAAUUGAUUUAACUACGUAACACGCUUCUUGUGUUCCACAGAAUAAUUAAUAAUACGUUAAUCUAAAUUCUAAACU